AUGUACCUGAGCAGUCUGGUUCCUGGAGCUGAGGUGGUUAAAGGAUUCAACACUCUGUCUGCCUGGGCUCUGCAGAAUGGACCACUGGCCGGGAAACAGGUGUAUAUCUGCGGAGACAGUGUGGAGGCCAAGCAGGUGGUGAUGGCGGUAGCCACCAAGCUGGGUCUCAGUGCCCUGGACCGGGGCUUUCUCUCAGUGGCCCGGGAGCUGGAGAACUUCCCCCUGCAGCUGUUCCCCCAGUGGAGGCUCCCCCUGUACAUCACCAUCGGCCUCAGUGCUGCCUUCUUCUUCUACCUGCUGAUCAGAGACAUAAUCUAUGCAUACGUCACCCAGGGCGAAGACAUCUCCUUCAGAAUCAUGGUCUCACUGGCCAACAAGGUGUGUCCCAUCGUGUCUCUGAUCAUGCUGUCUCUCUGUUACCUGCCUGGUGUCUUGGCUUCCUUCCUGCAGCUUUACAGAGGCACCAAGUACAGGUCAGAUUUACUUUGUGCAUGA